CUUGUGAAUGUCCGCCAUUAAUUCCCGACACUGCAACCAAAAAACAAUAAAUUUAAAUUUUCUUUUCCGGUCAAUUUUGUCAUACUCUAUAUUCACCAAUAACCAAUAUCCUCUCCUCUUCUUCCACUCUAUCAAAUUCUCUGUCUACAAAUUUCUCGAAGAUUCGAUUCUUUUCUUCAUCUGAGCUAGUCUAAUCGUUUGUUGUACUAUAUGCUUCCUAGAAAGAGACCUUUGGAAGGCGAAGCUGUUAAAGAAAGUGAAUCGGAAAGCGUUUUGAAGAAGAGUCGUCUCUGUUUUUUCGCCGAUAGUAAGAAUAUUUGUGUAGGAAGUGGCAGUGGGAGUCAAGAGACCAACAUUGACGGAACCAAAAGUGUUAGUUUAGAGAACAGAAACAGUAACGACAGCUGCACCCGCAAGGAGCUUUCAAUUACGGAAAUGGCCUUUGACGUUGGAAAAUCGAACGAUAUUGAUGAAGAUCUCCAUAGCCGGCAGCUUGCUGUGUAUGGACGAGAGACGAUGCGGCGGCUUUUUGCGUCAAACAUUCUUGUAUCUGGAUUGCAAGGCCUCGGUGCUGAGAUCGCUAAGAACCUUAUUCUCGCGGGCGUGAAGUCUGUCACGUUGCAUGAUGAAGGAAAAGUGGAGUUAUGGGAUUUGUCUAGCAACUUUAUUUUCUCUGAGAAUGAUGUUGGUAAGAACAGGGCACUUUCUUCUAUUCAGAAACUACAAGAGCUCAACAAUGCAGUGGUUGUCUCAACCCUGACUACGAAAUUGACGAAAGAACAACUUUCUGAAUUCCAGGCUGUGGUUUUUACUGACAUAAGCUUGGAGAAUGCAGUUGAGUUCAAUGAAUACUGUCACAAUCAUCAACCUCCUAUUGCUUUCAUCAAGACUGAAGUUAGAGGCCUUUUUGGUAAUUGUUUUUGUGAUUUUGGACCAGAGUUUACUGUCUUCGACGUUGAUGGUGAGGAACCUCAUACGGGCAUUAUUGCAUCUAUCAGUAAUGAUAACCCUGCUCUUGUGUCAUGUGUGGAUGAUGAAAGGCUUGAGUUUCAGGAUGGGGAUCUUGUUGUGUUCUCAGAAGUACAUGGAAUGACAGAACUCAAUGAUGGAAAGCCGAGAAAGAUAAAGACUGCACGACCAUACUCUUUCAUCCUUGAUGAAGAUACCACGAGUUUCGGUAGAUAUGAGAAAGGUGGUAUCGUAACUCAGGUAAAACAGCCCAAGGUAUUGAACUUCAAGCUGCUGAGGGAUGCAAUUAAAGAUCCUGGAGAUUUUCUUCUUUGCGAUUUCUCUAAGUUUGACCGCCCACCUCUCUUGCAUUUGGCAUUCCAAUCGCUGGAUAAGUUUGUCUCUGAACUGGGGCACUUUCCAGUGGCUGGUUCUGAAGAGGAUGCGCAGAGGUUGAUAUCUAUUACCAGUAACCUGAAUGAUAGUUUGGGAGAUGCAAAACUCGAUGAUAUAAAUCCAAAACUUUUGCGACAUUUUGCCUUUGGUGCCCGAGCUGUACUGAAUCCUAUGGCAGCCAUGUUUGGUGGCAUUGUUGGGCAGGAGGUUGUUAAGGCGUGCUCAGGGAAGUUUCACCCCCUUUUCCAGUUCUUCUACUUUGACUCUGUGGAAUCACUUCCUGUGGAGCCAUUGGAUCCCAGCAACUUCAGACCGUUAAAUAGCCGUUAUGAUGCCCAGAUUUCAGUCUUUGGGUCUAAACUUCAGAAAAGACUAGAAGAUGCUAAAGUGUUUUUGGUUGGAUCUGGUGCACUGGGCUGCGAGUUUCUGAAGAAUUUAGCACUGAUGGGAGUUUCUUGUGGAAACCAAGGAAAACUAACAGUCACCGAUGAUGAUGUGAUUGAGAAGAGUAACCUUAGCCGACAGUUCCUCUUUCGAGAUUGGAACAUUGGGCAGGCCAAAUCCGUUGUUGCUGCUUCUGCUGCUUCUUCAAUCAAUCCUCAUCUCCGCAUUGAAGCUUUGCAGAAUCGUGUGGGUCCUGAAACAGAGAAUGUUUUUGAUGAUACCUUCUGGGAAAAUCUGAACGUUGUGAUUAAUGCCCUUGACAAUGUCAGUGCCAGGCUUUAUGUUGAUCAAAGAUGCCUGUAUUUCCAAAAGCCACUUCUUGAGUCUGGAACAUUAGGUGCCAAAUGUAACACUCAAAUGGUCAUUCCCCAUCUGACUGAGAAUUAUGGUGCCUCAAGAGAUCCUCCUGAGAAACAAGCACCAAUGUGUACCGUGCACUCUUUCCCACACAACAUUGAUCAUUGCUUGACAUGGGCCAGAUCAGAAUUUGAGGGCUUGCUUGAGAAAAUGCCUGCCGAAGUAAAUGCCUAUCUUUCUAAUCCCGCCGAAUAUACAUCUGCAAUGAGAAAUGCUGGUGAUGCUCAAGCCAGGGACAAUUUGGAACGUAUACUCGAGUGCCUUGACAGGGAAAGAUGUGAAUCGUUCCAAGAUUGUAUUGCAUGGGCUCGUCUAAAGUUCGAAGAUUAUUUUGCUAACAGGGUGAAACAGUUGACUUACACUUUCCCUGAAGAUGCUGUGACUAGUACUGGCGUACCAUUCUGGUCAGCCCCCAAGAGGUUCCCUCGCCCCCUGCAGUUUUCUACUGAUGAUCCCAGCCAUCUCCAUUUCCUUGUGGCUGCAUCUAUUCUACGCGCUCAGACAUUUGGCAUUCCUGUUCCUAAUUGGCCCCCUGAAAAAUUGGCUGAAACUCUUGAUAGAAUCGUGGUUCCUGAAUUUCAACCGAAGAAAGAUGCAAAAAUUGUUACUGAUGAGAGGGCUACCAGUCUUUCUGCUGCUUCUUUGGACGAUGCUGUGGUUAUCAAUGAGUUAAUAAUGAAGCUGGAGCAGGUUCGGCAGAAGUUAUCGCCAAACUUCAGGAUGAAACCAAUUCAAUUUGAAAAAGAUGAUGACACAAAUUACCACAUGGACCUGAUUGCUGGACUUGCUAACAUGAGGGCAAGAAAUUAUGGCAUUCCCGAAGUCGAUAAGUUAAAAGCCAAAUUCAUUGCUGGACGUAUUAUACCCGCAAUUGCAACUUCCACAGCGAUGUCUACCGGUUUGGUUUGCCUGGAACUUUACAAGGUCAUUAAUGGAGGGCACAAGUUAGAAGACUAUCGCAACACAUUUGCUAAUUUAGCUCUACCAUUAUUCUCUAUGGCCGAACCAGUUCCUCCUAAGACCAUCAAGUAUAAGGACAUGAGCUGGACUGUGUGGGACAGAUGGAUAAUCAAAGGUAACCCUACACUUGGGGAACUACUCAAAUGGCUCGAGGACAAGGGACUGAAUGCCUAUAGUAUUUCAUUUGGAAGUUGCUUGCUCUACAAUAGCAUGUUCCCAAGGCACAAAGAGCGAAUGGACAAGAAGAUAGUUGACCUUGCACGGGAAGUGGCAAAGGCUGAGCUGCCACCACACCGCCACCACUUGGAUAUAGUAGUAGCAUGUGAGGAUGAUGAAGAUAAUGAUAUCGACAUCCCUCAGAUAUCAGUAUACUUCAACUAGCUUUUCUCGAACAUUGACCUCAGGAUUUAGAAUUGUAGGACAAGCUCUUUAUAUGCCGCCUUCCUUACAUUUAGGUGCUCAGGCGAUGAUAUAUCUAUAACGUUCUAUUUUUCAUAACAGUUACAACACGGUGUAUAAAAUAAAUAUGACCAAUAUACCAAGUACCAGAAGUUUGAUAAUAACUAGCUAAGAGACUCGUGAAGGAUUGAACAGCGUUCGUUACUUCAUUUUCUACAUCGAUAUCUGUUUGCGGGAUUGAAUGGUA